GACCAAUCUCGCUUCGACUUUUCGGCCUCUGGAACCCACGACGCAGCUGCCGCCAGAGGUACAGAACAAUGGCGGCCGCCGCAGGCGACGGCGGCAGCGUCCCGCCGAAGACCCCAAUAGCGGAGGCGCCUCCCGCUUCUCGGCCGCACGUGACCCGCAAUGCCAUGCCGUGGCAGAAAUGCGUCGCCGGCGUUCAAUUGGCUCUCAAAGAUCCGAAGGUGGUGUUCCUGAGGGAGCAGAUCGAGAAAGCCGGGUGCACCGUAUGGCCGACGCUUUUCCGGGCGGCCAUCUGCACGUCCAGCGGGAACUACGCAAGCGGCGUGGGGGUACAAGUUUGCUGUAAUCACAUGCGAAGGCAAGAUGAGAUAAAUCAGGUCAUAAUUCAUGAGUUAGUACAUGCUUAUGAUGACUGUGUUGUCAAGAACAUCGACUGGAAAAACUGCGCUCACCAGGCUUGCUCUGAGAUUCGAGCUAAUCAUCUUAGUGGCAAUUGCCAUUACAAACGUGAACUGAUGAAAGGCUUCCUGAAGAUAAAGGGGCAUGAGCCAGAAUGUGUCAAAAGACGUGCGCUGCUUUCUGUCAAGAACAACCCGCACUGUUCAGAAAAGGCUGCAGAAGCUGCAGUUGAGAAGGUGUGGGAUAUGUGCUACAACGACCCACGCCCGUUUGAUAAGGCUCUAUGAAGUGAAAGCUGCCAGGGCAGUUUUGUUAACUUUCAGCCGGGUUCUAUCAAGUGUAUCCUGUGGGACAGUCUAGUCUCUCUUCAGACGGGCUCCAUGAAGUACUUAGCAAAGCGUUGCAACAAAAUCUGGAAAUUUGGUGCUGGAGCAAAACUUUGAAUGCCAUGACAUUAGUCCAGACAAUCUAACAGAUUAUUCCAUGUAAUGCAAUUGUUUUACAUGGCAUAUAGUGACAGCUGACUGAGCUAUAAAUAAGAGUGGCUGUGAAUGAUUAAUUCUUUAUACCAGCUAAAUAUUACUUAAGAUAUUCCCUUUUUUCUUCC